CUAUGGAAUCGCUGGCCCUUCUCCCUCUGCUGGGUGGUGUGUGUGUGUGUGGGGGGUCUGUUUUGGUUGGUUUGUUUGGGGUCUCUUUUUAGGUUUUGUUUUUCUUUAAUAACAAAAAUCAAACACAGCGGUGCGAACCCCAGUGUCGGGCACAUGGGGCUGUAUGGUGGGCAUUUUAAUGGUGGCCACAGUGACAAAGGAGGGGGGUGAUCUCUAUCAUCCGUUGUAGAGCACUCACUGCACACGAGGUGCUGUACAGACAGCAGAGAAACCACAGUCCCUGCACUGAGAGGCUUACAGUCUAAACAGGCUGCACCUCAGCACCGGGUGAGAUGCAACCAAAGCAGGGCGAGGCAAUGGGGGCAUCUGGCACGUAACAUCUUAGUUUUGUGGCUGUGCACUGGGACCCUGCCUUUGCGGCCUUGAAAUAAGUCACUUUGCCAGCCUCUUUCUGCCCACCCCCUUUGAAAAAAGGGAAACCACAGCGUGGGCCGGCCGCCUUCCAUCCGGUGGCUCUUGCAGGGCUUGGCGGCUGCAGCUGUCUGAGGAGAACUUCCUGCUACCUGCAGGGGAAGGACCUGUCUACCCCUGUUUGUAAUGGGGUCCAUCCAGUGCUCAGCCGCUUUGCUUCUCUUCGUCCUCGGCCUCUGCGUUGGCCAGAGAGUAGUGCUGGUUCAGGAAGGACGUCUUUACCGGGCUAGAGGUUAUAACAUCACCAUCUGGUGCAAUGUCAGUGGCUACCAGGGGGCCUCGCAGCAGAAUUUCCAGUGGUCCAUUUACCUGCCAUCUGCCCCAGAGCGGGAAGUGCAGAUUAUCAGCACCAUGGAUCCCUCCUUCCCUUACGCCAUCUACACCCAGCGUGUGCGGAGUGGGGAGAUCUACGUAGAGAGGGUACAGGGAGACUCUGCCCUGCUGCACAUCACGGGGCUCCAGGACCAGGACGCCGGCGAGUACGAGUGCCAUACACCCACUACCGACGAGAAGUACUUGGGGAGUUACAGCGCCAAGAUGAACCUCUCAGUGAUCCCCGACACUCUCUCCGCCACCAUGAUACCGCAGGCCCUCACCCUAGUGGAAGGAGAUCAGCUAGAGCUCACCUGUGAGGUGUCAAAAUCCACAGCUCAACACACCCACCUUUCUGUUGCCUGGUACCAUCUCCAGGGGUCAGGAGAUGCUCAGGCCAGGGUGAUCCUUUCCCUGUCCAAGGAUUUCAUCUUGACUCCGGGCUCCUCCUACACGCAGAGGUUUUUGUCAGAUGUCCGUCUGGACAAGGUUGGGGACACCACAUACAAGCUGUCUAUUGGCAAAGUGCAGCCCUCUGACCAGGGCCAAGUGUACUGUGAGGCGGUUGAGUGGAUUCAGGAUCCUGGUGGGCCUUGGAAAGAUAUAACUCGGAAACAAACGGAAAAGACAUUGCUGACUGUCAGGAGACAAGACAGAGAUUUCCAAGCUAAUAUUGCUGCUGUUGAAAGUUCCCUUGCAGAAGGGAACCCCUUGCAGGUAAAUUGCUGUGUGAAAGCCCAGAAUAGCCAGAACCGAUGGUUCCAAGUGGUUUGGCUCUUCAAAGGAGUAGAAGUAGCCAGGAUUGACCCACAUGGGAUACUGGCCUUGAAGGAGUAUGAAGAGAGAGCUGCCUUGGGACAGCUCCAAGUGGUGAAGAAAAGCAAUGAGAUGUAUAUCCUCAAAGUAUACCAGGUGGGGCUGAAAGACAAAGGCACAUACAGCUGUGAGGUUUCAGAGAUGGAGAAGACUUCCACAGGUUUUUCCACCAUCCAGUCCAAGAUGUCGUCAGGCAUUGAUGUCAACGUGAAGCCAAUAGAAAGCCACAUGCAAGUGUCUGUGCUCAGCAGCGAAAGGCAGAUAGUGGAAGGAGACACCUUGAUUCUUCACUGUGAGGUGAGUGGGGCAACAAGCCCAUUCUCGGUGAAUUGGUGGCAUCUGCAAAAGAGCGGAGAUCAACCGGAGCACAUAGUUGGGAUGGAACGGGAUGGCAUGCUGAGGCCGGGCCCCUCCUACCAGGAACGCAGCGCUAAUAGGGACCUCCGACUAGAGAAGAUUAAUUCUACCACGUUCACCCUGGCGAUCUACAACACUUCAGCCACCAAUGAUGGAGGGUCUUACAAAUGUGAAGUGACAGAGUGGUCCAUGGACAGGAGCUGGAAACAGGCACAGGAAACAUCAGUAGCCAUUAGCCCUCUCAGUUUGGAUUUGAGAGCCACACUGAUAAGCCGAACAGCAAAUGUCAAAUUUACUCAGGAUUUUGAACUGUUCUGCCAGGUCUCUGCCCCCUAUCUCAUCACCCAAGUGCCAGUAUCGGUAACUUGGCAAUUCCAGCCCAUCCUACAGACUAGUGGCUAUCAACAGCUGAUCAAAAUCAUGCCCAGUGGCACUAUCGAGUGGGGGACUGCCCAACCUCACUUUCAGAGGAAGACCAGAGUCACACAAGCUGCAUCUUCCUCCCAACUUCUAAUCCACAGUGCCACAGAGCAGGAUGCAGGCAGGUACAGGUGUGAGGUGGAGGUCUGGAGGAGAAGCUCCCAGCAAGCACGACACCCAGCUAUGGCAGCAGCUGCUGCUGUGAAGUCUAACGUUGUGGAGAUAAAGGUCAAUCCACCAGAGAGCAAGCUAAGCGUAAACACAGAAGAUAGAUCCCUGGAGAUCUCUGGUAGCGCAGACACAGAAAUCGAAUGCAGUGUCACGUCACUGACCCAGAGGGAUUCUCAGUUAGCCAUUACCUGGUACUUCCUACCGCCUUCUCCAGCUGAUGCAGCCCCAUUGCAAAUCGUGAGGACCAACUACAGCAACAUCCUGGACUACGGGGCAGAGUUCAGCUCUGCUAUGCAGAAAUCUAAAUUCCACAGUGAGAGGGUCUCCAGCAACCUGUUCUGGCUGCGUAUUCUGUCUGUGAAUCACGGUGACCGUGGCAGGUAUUACUGCCUGGUAGAGGAGUGGCUGUGGUCAGCAGACCGUGGCUGGUACAAACUUGGAAAGAAGGAAUCGGGAAAGACCAUGGUGGAGUUCAAGGUUUCAGAAAACAAGCUCCAUGUUGAAAAAACAAACCACAGCAUCACAGCCACUGAGAAUGAGGACGUGACCAUGAGCUGCCUCCUGCAGGGCCCUUCCCAACCAGCCUCUCUCUUCUCUGCCAUCUGGUUCCAUGGUAUGGAGCAUUCUGGGAUGAAAACCCUGGUGAAAGUGCACUCCAGUGGCAUGGUGGAAUAUGCUGAGGAAGAGAUGGUGGAGAGGCUGCACCUUCGCCGCCCAUCCGUCGGUGACUUCAGCCUGACGCUGCGGAGUGUGGAGCCGGGCGACGCUGGGGUGUACUGCUGCCAGGUGCAGGAGUGGCAGCAGGACAGCGGUGGCGCUUGGGUUCAAUGGGCGUCAGAAUUGUCAGGGUACACGACGCUCGCUGCGCUGCCUCCAGAGUCAACAAUUUCUUCCAGGAUCUGUUCAUCUCCAUCACUGCUCCACUUCAUCCUAAUCUACCCCCUGAUUCUGUUCCUUGGCCUGACAGCUGCUCUCCUCUACUUGUAUGUCAAGAACAGGCAAACCCACAAGGAAUCGAUCUAUCAAAGGAAAGGAAAAGAGCUGUGGGUGGAUUUGAAAGGGGCUGGAGAUGUUGAGCCCACUUAUUCUGACCAUAAUAAUCUGGAGGAAGAGAUGAAUAAUCUGAAGGAGGAAAAGAUGGACUGAAUGCUUGGGCGGCAUGGGGGCGGGGGGAACAGCACUGUGUGCUGCUGUUCAGCAUCAUAUGCUCUGAACCUUGAAAAUGUGCAUUUUCCUUCAGUCACCUUCAUGCGGCAAAGUAAGAAAGUGAUAGGAGACAGAUUGGAUGGCUAAGGUAAUUGGGACUGGAGCUUUCUUGCCUCUCUACUUGCACAGGUGCCUAUGUGGCUCUCCUCCCACAAUGGUAGUUUCGGAGGCCUUCAUAAUAUUAAUCAAUUUAUCCUUACAAAAGCCCUGUGAAAAAGGAAAGUACUAUGCCCAUUUUACAGAUGGAGCGUUGAGACACUGAGAGAUCAAGGCUGAGAUUUCAAAGGGAUUUGGACAUCUAAUUCCUGUUAACUUUAAUGGGAAUAAGGCAUCUAAAUUCAAGAUGCGACUUUGAAACUCUCAGCCUAAGGGACUUGACCAAGGUCCAGCAGGAGGGCUGUGGUAGAGCUGCGACCUGAAACCACAUCUCCCAAGUCCUAGUCCAGUGCCUUAGCCAUCAGACCAACUUUCAUCUUACAUCGGCUGGCUCUGGUGCAGCGGUCAGUGGCUAGUGGCUAAAAGUCAUUACCAACUACUUCCUCUUGAAUGGUCUAUGAAAGAUGAAUUGGUGGAUCUUAAUCCAGUUCUCAGGGGAAAGGAGUCCUCACAUCAAUAAUCACAACUCCAGCCGGCACCAGUUGGCCUCCUUGUUGGCAAUCAUAUCUGAGUGGGCCUUGGAGACUGGACUCCCCUCCCCUUUCAGAGAGUGGUCCCUCCAGGUCAGGAGAGAGGCACAGUGGCAGACCAGUGGGGAUGGGAGGGAGGGGAAUCUAGAGUAGUUCCUAUUUUGGGGCCUCCAAAGUGCAUAAAUAGAGGCCUUCACCCUCCAACGCUGUCCAUCUAGUGUAUUUCACCAGCAUUAAAUUCACUCCAAAAACGUAAAUGUAAAAAGCCCCUCUAUUUCCCAUCCCAUCCCACCCUCAACUGUAGUGGAACACCUCUGUCCAAUGCAUGCUAUGAAUACCCCUCUUUCUGCUAGCCGCUCAGUGCAAAACGACCUGAGGGCCCUGCUCCAUCUGCUAAUUAAACCCCCAGUUGCACCAGCUAUGGCCUGGAACAGAGCUAUAUUAGGUGAGGGCUGGCUGAGACCGAAAAGAUGUCCAUGUGGAAAACACCAAGCACCUUGGAAAGGUGUCCGAGAAAAGGUCUUCUUGUCUCAGCAAGGGAGUUAUAUGGAGCUGGGGAUCACAGAAACAAACAGCAACUGCCAGGCUAGCUCAGUGUCACUCAUGUAAUCACUUUAAUGUGCCAGUCUUUCUAUUUCCAUCCUUUUAUUGGUUGACUCUGGAGAAAGCUGCAUCUCACUCCCCAUGGCUGGCAGGAUGGCUGGGAUGAUGCAUCAUCUUUCAGCAAUGACUUUGGCAAAAUGAAUCUCCAGUUCUUUCAGUGCAAUGCACUAUAUGUCCAGACUAGCCUCUAAGCUGCUUAGGGCAGGGGCUGAGCACAUAACUAAUACAUAAGUGGGAAAUCGGGAGAUCCUGGAGCUGUCUGGCAGAGUUUCAACUGUGAUUCUGCUACCACAUGGCUACUCCCACCAGGCUACACUGGUUCUUUGGACAGCAGCAUUCAGAGCCAGUCAGGCAUGCCUCAGAGCCCGGCAGCACAAGAAAGAGAGAGAUCCCAGAGGUUCUAACCUAAAUAUAGAGAAUGUCUGGUCUGUCUGUUCUUUACACUGAAUGGACAGAUGGACCGACAGAACUACGGUCUUGGAACACUACCCAUGUGUAUGUGAUCACUGAUUUCUCUUCUCCUGCAAUAUCACCUGUGCCCUGAUUCCCCGCAGUUAGUGUUAAUUCUUAUUAAAACUAAACAAACAGGGUUUUUAUUAUAUCUGCCUUACAAUUUCAUUUUUCAAACCAUACACUCAAAUAAGCAUUAAAACCAAAUAAGGAUUGGUUGGCUCAGGGGACUGGUACUAAUGGAAUAUGGAGCCUUUUUUCUCUAGGUUGCUGGCUCCAAUCCAGAUCCAUCUGGUCUCGAUUGAAAGUCUCUGCCAUCUGAGUCGUGCUAUGAAUUGUGUGUGUGUGAGAGAGAGAUUUCAGCCCAGUUGUUAGUGGAGAAGUGCGUCCGCUUCCCAAACCCCUCAUCACAAUUUGCAGUAACUUUGGUUGGCAUUGGGCCACAGUCCCAGUGGGUGAGGCACAUUAGCAGGGGAUUGUACUGGGGGCGGCUUGCCCUGCUGCUACACAUGCUAAUACCUAUUUUAUAGACAAAUAGGUGCCAGUCUCCAGUUUCUGAUGGGAGAGAUGUGAGGGCGUUAGAAGCCCAGUGACCGCUGGGCUUGUUGCAUUCUUACUGGUGUUUAAAUAGCAGAUCCUAACAUCCCAUUGGCACAGUAGCCUCCUGGAGAAUUCCACAGCCAGGCCGGGUGGGCUUCUUUGCUGUCAUCUGGAUGUUUGUUGAAAAUGUUUUGAAAUCUGCUAAAAUAAAACCGAUUGCACCUGGUAUAUCAGUGUUUAUUCCAGAGGGAGGAGUGGGGGGUUAUUCCCUUCCUAUUGCCACCUCAACUUUGCCUGACUAGCUACAGGCCAACCCUUACAGCACUUCCUUCAUCCCUGGGUUGGGAGGCUUAAUUAAAGCUUGUAAAGUGCUCUGAGAGCCUUGAUUAGGUGGGGCUAGAGAAGCACAACACUUUGUUGUUUUGAAUUUCCUGGCUUUGCUGAGUUUCAGCCAAACCUUUGACUUUAUUUUAACAAAUUUGAUUUUCUUCUGCGAGUGAACUGACUUAUCGCUCCUAAAAAACUCCAAAACGUUCCUGUUUUUAAAGCGACCAUUUUGCCUAGCACUGUGUGAGAAGGAAAGAGACAGAGGGCUGCCAGAACCCUACUUAGCACAGGAAUGGAAAUGGGGGAGGAGCCAACUUUGUGCAUCCCCCGGUGUAACUGAGCCUCCAGGCUUCUCUAACUUACGUUUAGCUGCACCUGCCCCGUAGGGAGCGUUGCAGCAACUAAGAAUAAUCCGAGAGUGUAACAGUGCUUCUGCCCCUCCAUGCUUUCUGUCCCGCCUUGGGAAUUCCCUGGGCUAGGGAUGUAACAUGGUGGGCCGAUCUACUGCCUUUAUGCUCCUUUGACACCAUAAAGCAGCAUAACGGUGGGGAUGUUAGAGGGCAAUGGAGAGUGCGGCCAAAAGAAAUCAGUCCGCUGUUAGUCACGUUUGUAAAAGCUGCCAUAGAAAUAAGCUCAUCAGAGCAAGAUGGGAAGUGAGCCUGUAUCUCUAGACUUGCCUGUCGGUACAGAAAGAGAGAAAUCCAGGGAAGGUUUUCUUCAGUGAGUGAUUCCCUGUUUUCCAAGCUCUCUUUCAUGGGGUGUGAGGAAGAGGGAAUUGGGCUUGGAGGAAGCGAGGUGGAAAUGGUAGUGGGAAGGAGAGAGCCAGUUCGGAUCAAACAAACAGACCCAGCCCUUCAGCGGUCAGCCCUGAAGUUCAGCUAGCGAUUUGCAAGCUGCGUUCCCUUGUUGCAGUUGAUAGUGGCAAGCUGCCUUUGGAGAGAAGCAGAAAUGCCACAAUGGAGAUCAGUUUUACAUGCUGCCACCCCAAUGGAUCUUUCUCAGGGUGGGGCAGAUGAUCACGGAGGGUUAGAAAGAAGCUGUGGGGCACUGGGUGCCCUGGACUGCAAAGCUGAGGAGGUAGGUGAGCAGGGUCUUGCACUCGGCAGGGCAGCGCUGGGUGCAAUUUGCCAUGUUGGUGAGUGGGUAGGCAGGUAGUGCAUCCUGGAGCUGAUAGAUCAGUAUUUGCUUCCCUGCCAUACAGAGCUGGCACUAGGCAUAAUUUCUAAGCAAUUGGUUAGGGCCCUCAGCAGCUCAAGGCUCACCCCCCCAUUCACUUUUUAUUGUAAGAACUUCCCUGUUUUAGUGGGGCGGGGGAGGCAAAAUAUUCCUGCUUAGGGCCCCCAAUGGGCUAGCACCAGCACUGCUGCCAUAUUCAGGAACCAGUGAAAACAUCACCAGCAUGCUUCCAUGAUAGUGCCAGACACAGGGCUGUUGGAAAAGCUGCUGAACCUUCAGGUACUUCUCAGAAACAGCCCAGGGGGUUUCCUAUUGCCCACCUUGUAGUGUGUCCCUCUGGGCCUGUCUCAGCUCCUAGGCCAAGUAUGGUCUCUUGGUUCCUUCCCAUCAGCUCUCCGGAUAUUUUGAAAUAGGAUUUGUUUUCGUUCCUGUGAUGAAAUGUUUUAAACCGCCAAUAAAGUGUCACA